UUCAGAUGGAGAAUCUUCCUUCUCUUCUGGAAAGCAUAUACACCACAUGGCUGAGUCUCAGCUCCCCUAUGUGGGCCAUGGACAUAAUCCUUGCCUUUGUGUGUGGACUGGGGCUCUACCUCCUGCUACUUCCCUUCCUUGAGAGUCAUCUAUCUUCACCUCUACCAAAUAUGAAGUUCACCAGGAGUCCUCAGCUGAUGACCUGGCAGAGCUGGUGCAGGAAAAAGUUUAGGACUCAUCAUAGGAAAAGUCCCAAAGCUUGGGGAGACGACCUGAAAAAGCUGAAAGAAAAAGGAAAAGAUGGAUUAUUUUUAGAAGAUAUUAGCCCAGGACACCAUUUGAAUUCUUUAGGGAACAUGUCUAAGUCACCAAGUACUAAGCAAGACAGCACUACCCUGCCACCCUUCUGGAACCUGGAAGAAAAAUCAGAACAGUUGAUGGCCACUCAGGAACUACCAUAUCCCAAGAUCUUCGGGGACCAUUUUCAACAGAAAUACAAACAGCUUUUCUGGGGUCUCCCUUCUCUGCACAGUGAAUCUCUAGUGGCUGCUGCCUGGAUCCCUCAGACUUCUUCUCUUCCUUCUCCCUUUUUCUUAUUCAAUGUCAUCUCAAGUGUUUAUCCAAUUCAAAUGCAAGAUAAAAUGUCUCCAGUGCUGUCCCACACACAUCCUCUGUCCUAUCUGGACCUCCGAUCUUCGCCCUUAAUUCUGUCUCCACCCCAAUUCCAGACCCCAGCUCUGAAUCAACUUCAUCUUCAAGCCCCUCUCCCAGCCCUAUUACCCCCUUCUCUACCCUACACAAGAGAUUAUGGAACAUCUUGUUCUCAGUCACAAAGUAAGCCACAGUGUCUCCCUACUGAAAUACAAUACAUAGAAAGGCCCUUGCUAACAAAACAACUAGAAAGUAGUUUGGCUUUUCCCUUGAUGGACCAGAGACCUCAAGAAGUCUAUGAUGUCUUGGCCCCCAACCUUUCCCAAGACUGGGCAGUCUCUAUCCUUCCUGACAAUUUUCCAAUCAGCUUUGAGCUCCGGGAGAAGCUGGAACAACACAUUCAAAAGUGGCUCAUUCAACACCGAUGGGAUCUUCCUCGUAAGAUCCAAGAGUCUCUGGAGGUGAUGCAGUUUCAGAACACAGUAACAGGAACUUGUCAAACCAGGGACAAACAUGAUCCCUCACAAUCCUUUGUGUCUAUGGGUGAACAUAGCAAGGAUAGUCAAAAGGUGAGAUUCCAGUUAGAAAAGGAAUCUGGCAAGAAUUUGGGACCUAUUCUAGGAAAGAUAUCAAAAGAUCCAAUCAGGUACUUGGACAAAACUUCAGCAAAGGUACAAGAGGCAAAUGUUUUGGAGUCAGAAAGAAAUUCAGUGAAGAGCUUGAAGAGCAACUCCAGAAAUGACUCAACAAAACACAAAGACAAGAAUCUAGAAAAUACCCUGAAAGCUCAUUUGGGCACCAAGUCAGGGCAAAUCAAUCAAGGUCUGAUCCCUCUGAGUGUGCGUCGAUCCUGGCUUGCUAUGAACAAUGGUUUUUCCAUGCCUGACAUCUAUAUGGAAACUAGAAAUUUAGCAUCCUCAAAGGGUUCAGAAAAGUCUAUGAGCUCUUCGCAGAAGCUUGCCUUUCUCAAUUCAGACACUCGACAGGCCCUGGAGGCACAUGUUGUAAGGUUUUGGGUGAAGCACAAGUGGGGUCUACCCCUCAAGAUUCUCAAGCCCAUAAAUCUCUUUAAGUUGAAAAGUGUUGAGUCCUUGCCCAUUGCAGUGUAUGUCCCACCCUCCACAAGUACCUCUGUAUCUGAGACCAGUUCAUCAGUUGAGAUAGUCAGAGUCCUAGAAAAACCACCUCAGACAUGUUUCAAAGAGGUGAUGAUUGAGGAUUCUUCAUCAUUAGGGAGUCUUCUCCUUGUCUCCUCUCCUUCUUGUAAGGAUAUCAAAAGAGUUCUGGGAGUACUUCCAUCUGAUGUUGACCAUGAGCCUUCAAAGGCCCGGCCAACCAAGCAAGAGAGCAGGCAUCAUUCUGAAACUCUCAAAUAUAACUUCAUGGAUACACCCUCUCAGAGUGGGACUGUCCUAGAGAAAGAGAGAGAGACCCAGGAAGUCCUUUUACUGCCUAGAAGGAUUAGUGUCCAAACUCCAGAGGCACACAGCCCCCAGGCAAAAGUUGUUAGUGAAUCUCCAAAUAAUGUGAAGACAGAAUCAUUGGGCCAGCCACAAUUCUAUACCACUUCUGUGCUCCUUCCAGAGCAUUCCAGGAGCAUGGUUCUUCCUGCAGAUACUUUGGCUUCACAGGUGUUAGGUGACAUUGUGGUGGUAGGAGGGGGCAAUAGCCUGGCGCAGCAGAACCCUAGUACUCCAAAGCAUCAACUCUCGCAGAAGGGCCAAAUCAAGGUGUUGGUCCCUACUUAUCAAGGUGAAGACACUAAAAAUCAGAGUAAAGGAAAGCAUGAAGAAGGGCCCAAGUUCACCAAAGUCAAGGAAAAAGAAGACAAAUUUAGAAGUAAACACUAUCAGCCCCCUCCAAAACCCACACAGCUUCCUCCAGAAAGCACCUUCCAAAAACUUGUGAGCCGCUUUUUUGGAUGGAUUCACCCCAAGAAAACAAUCAAAGGGCAGGAAUCUCCUCCCAAGAAAGGUAAGCCUACUGCAGCUACUGCCCAGAGCCAAAGAAGGCAAGCGAAAAAGAAACCACACGUGGACAGCAAUGUUGCUGAGGCCCAGGAGCUUAUUACAGCUGUUGGACAGAUGUUAGAAAAGAAAAUGAUGCUGCAACGUAAACUCUAUGCUUCAAAGUUCAACCAGCAAAGGGAAACUCCACCGCCCCAUGCCCCUCAGUCUUCCUAUGGCCACAUGCCAGCUUCCAACUCAGAGCAAAAGAGAACAUCUAGUCACCCAGCCAGUUCAUCCUGUAAGAAGUGUUCUAUACAGCACAGGCACAUCAGAGACCAACCAUCUCAGAAAAAUGUACGAUUUAGCAAUGAACCACAGACCCCCCAGAAUCCCAGCCUCUUUUCCCCUAACACAAUUUCAAACCUAGUGAGUUCCUCCCAGAAUGGAACAGUAGUGCCAAGUGUCUCAAGUCACCAAUUCCACUGUCCUAGGCACUGUGCUCUCCGGAGAAAUGUCUAUAGCCAACUAUAAAGUUCCUCUCUAGUUUUUUUCUAGUAGGAAAACAUAAUCAAAAGAAAAAAAUUAGUCCAUGUAAAAAUUAUUUUCUCAUGUUAGUACAUUCAAGAUAUUUAA